AUGGGGCAGCAGGUGGGCGGGGCGGCUGCGCAGGUGGGUGGGGCAGGAGGGCAGCUGCAGGAGGGCGUGGCGGCUGCGCAGGAGGGUGGGGCAGGAGUGCAGCAGCAGGAGGGCGGGGCGGCUGCGCAGGCGGUAAGAAGGAGACACCGCACGGCCAGUGGCAGCGGACAGGCGGGCCCUUCGACCGGGCGCCCUUCGACGGCAUGCCAAUCGACGUCGGCCAUUGCAUCAGGAGGCCAGGUCGUCGAGCUACUGCAGAGGGUCGCGGAGGUCGAGGCGUCGCAGAAGAAGCUUGUCGCUGACGUAUUUGCGAAGCACAGUGAGCAAGCUGCUGUUUUCAAAAAGCUUGCUGGGGAUUUUCGGACGGCCUGGAAUACUAUUUCGGAGUCGUCGAAGAGCACGCUGAAGCAGUGCGGUGACGCCGUCAACGGUGUCACGGAGGAGAGGAAACUGGUGGAAGGGGCGCGCACGAAGCUCGACGAGAUGAGCGGGAAAACCAUCGAGGGGGUGGCUGCCGCUAUCGCAAAAGCGAGCGAGGACGCCGUCGAGAAACAGCUCAAGCUUGUCAAUGAGCGCCUGGUUGCUUCGGUCGUGCAAGGUAUUGAGAAAGCCGUCAAGGAGGACUUGUUCUACUCCGCCAUCCCGCCCGAGAGCAUGAAGGUGAUGAAGGACGUUGUGAAAGAAGGCUACCGAGAAGCUGAAGCUGGCAGAUUGGAAGUCCUCACCGAAGCGAUGGCGAGAGGGUUUCGGGGCUCCGCGGGCCCGUCUACGAGGUCGCGUCAGGAGGAGGGUGCGGCUGGUGUUCGCAGCGGGGGUGAGCGUCAAGGUCAUGAGCGCUCGGUUCCUCCUUCUUCUUCGGUGGGAGGACAUGUCGGCAGCCCGGUAGCAUCCCCACCGUCGCGUGCCCGUCAUCCCGUCGGCAAGUCCGUCGAGGAUAAAGAGGUCAUCGUACUCGACCAGUCGCCCCUUCAGAAGACCUCCGAAGCGGCACCGAAGCUGCCGCUUGAUGCUUUUGCGCCGCUGCGGGACAUGCUUUCGGGCCUCGGGAAAAAGGCCGGGAAAGGAGCCGUGGGAAAUCAAGGUGCCCCUACCCCGUCAGGCAGCGCUCCGGGAAAAGGAGCGGGGGAGACACUGGGUGCUCCCAGCCAGGUCGUCGUCGCUGGUGGGUUGCUGUCGAAGACAAAGGCCGACUCUGCUGCGCAGCUCGGUGUUGUUGGCCGUCCUGUCGAGCCCGUGGGGAAGAGGGCGUUUUCCUCUACCCCUCCCGUUGCUCCUGUCGCUUCUCCCGUCCUAGGUGACGUCCACCUUAGCGAACCGGCGUCCCCUCCUCCUGGUCCACGCGACUCCCCUUCUGCGUCGAAGAAAAAGCAGGCGUCGAGGAAGUCGUCGAAGCGCGGUGCAGGGGCGACAGAGAGCGGUGCCGUGGUGGAGCUGGUCAGCCUCCCUGGCCAAGCUUCUGUCGAGGCGGCGUCUACCGUCGUUGCUGGUCGACAGGAGAAGGCGAAAAAGGCCAGGGUGCUCCGCUACGCCGCACCUGGGCCGCCGGACGACGAGGGCAAGGUGAGGGGCGCCAUAGCUCCGUUCAAAGGCUCGGGCAUGUGGAUUAGGAGUGGGAAGCCCGUUCCGGAGCAGACCGUAGGUGGGAGGAAGCGGUUUCUCGGCACUUUUGAAACGGUGGAGGACAAGAAGUUCUGUACGGCCAUCUGCUGGCGCGUUUACUUCCCCGACGUAAAACUCGACGAGUACGAGGGGUUCACGGCGGAGGAUGCGAAGGAAUGGAAGUAG